GAUGGCGGCCGCUGUCUGGAAACGCGCGCCGCUUGCCUAAAAUUAUGCUUUAAAUGAUGCUAACGGACGUCUUGUCCUAGGCUCUAAUCACAUUAAAACCCUACGUCAGCGGCAGAAUUCGUCGUCAGAGAACCGCGACCAUGACUGACGUCCGCGUAUCCCUUCGCAAGAUCGAAUUCCCGACGGUCAUCUUCGAGGCGCUGCGGCAAAUGCAGAAACUGCUGUCCAACGAAGGCCGCAGUCCGACCUACGCCCACGUCGCCAAGGAGAUAGCUGAAGAGUUCAUCUUCCAGGACUUCGACCAGCGUCGCCAACCGCCUCAUCACCACCACCACCACCACCCGUCCCAACAGCCGCCUCAACUACGCCGACGCAAGAUGUCGGCCAUCCGAGAGCUCCAGAUCAUCGAGAUCAUGGCGAGUAGCUUCCAGUCUUCAAGACCGGACAUGUGCCAAAAAGUCUUCUUCAUCCUGUUCCCGUCGGCGGACCCGGCCGUGAUGGACACUAGGGUGCCCAUCCUGUCCCGACUGGUGUCCCUUUCCAUUGCGCUCAAAAGCCACAACGCACUCAACUGCGUCGGCUUCUGGAUGCACGUCUGCGGAUGCACGUCCGAACCGUCGCUCCACAUCGUCCGCCACGUUAUCGGAGACUACCUAAGCCUAAUUCCGAGUUCGGCCGAAAUGCUCAAGGACCUAGCCGACAUAUCGCCGCUGUUCUGCGCCAGCCUAGCCACGUCUUUGACCCACAUGACUCCGACCAACCCUUCGGUGGAGAUCGUGGAUCUCCUGGCGUCCUGGGUACGGGCGCAGCCUCUGCUCUGCUUCACGCCCAUGGAAGCCAUCCCGCCGCAACUCUACAGCCAGUGUCUGCAGACGUUCCUUCCUGGACUAGUGGCCUGGUGCGUCCUGGCGCCCAUUGGGUCCGUGGACUCAACGGAUCCACAAGCCGAACUCUACUCUUACCUUCACUAUGCGCUGCUCGAGAUGCUCAUCAGGGCAGGGCAGGUGACGCCGAGGGCACCCAUCGUGUUCCCGUUUUUGCCGAGUCACUAUGUGGUCCAGGUGGCUGAGACUCUGAAGAGGGCAUCGAGUCCCAAUUCCAAAGGCUGGGAUCUCGCCCUCAACAGACUGGCACAGGUCUUGCAAGCUGCGUUCGCGUCUAAAUGCGUCCACGGGAAUCUGGAGCCAAUGUUCCAGACUUUGAGGCAGCUGCCUUCAAAUCGGCUGCUGCGGAUUGUGCUGUCGCGAUGGGACAACAAGAAAUUCUAAUCUGUUGAAUGGUUGUGGGGAGUGCACUGCCAGGCUUUCCAAGCUGCCUUUUUAGUGUCGAAACAUACGAACCAAGCCUUUGGUGGAAGCUCGGAGUGAUUGUACGAGAUUUGUUCUUUGCUGGGACACUAUGUAGCUGCCCGCCGCAAUGACAUCUAACACUGUCUGCAAUUCACAUGCCCUCUGAAGUUUUCCGGCAAAUCACAAGUGUGGGUCAUGUUGUUAGUGUUUUGUUAUUUGCAUUCACAUAUACAGGCUAUAUGGCUCUUAAAGUGUGAAUGUGCCA